AUGUUACACAGUACGCCUUUACCAAAUACCCCUCAAAGACAUACCAUUGCAACCGUCGAUGAGCUCCUCCAGAGAUCCUCUCAAGCCAAGCGGCCAAGCUCAGUCGCCAUUCAGCGGUCUGAAACUUAUUUUUCGUUUGACAGUGAUGUCAGUGUACAGAAAUGCACAAACUGUCAAGAAAUGGAACCAAUGCAAUACCAGGAUUCGGACUCGUUACCAAGCCUCGAGCUUUCACAUGACAUGACCGAUUCGUCAAAUGAGCCAUCUGCCGGACUGUUUGACGAGCAUUUCACGUCGUACGACGACAGUGCGUCCACACCGUUAAGGUCGCAGUCCCCAGAGCUUGUUUUGAAAGUGGGGUGGGAUCUUCUGCAGCCUCCAUCUCCAUUGUUUGGUGCCCCUACUUUGCAAUGCCCCGACGAAACUUUGUACGUAAAGUUCCCCGGUUGGACAGCACGAAAACAGCGUAGAAAACCCAAAAGUCUCUUGCGAACCCCGUCACUAGUGCAGGCCACGGACGGGCGGCAUGGCAAUGGGAUCUUUCCGCCGCAGGUUUCGAGCAAUGGUGCACCCACGCAGCCAAAUGUCACGGUCUGGCGCCGUAGUGAUGGCGAUCUGGUCGAGCCACCGAUUUGGGCCGGGUUUCCUUCUCUGCCGUCGUUUCCCAGUCAACAAGACCACAUCAUAUCCGACGGUGAGAAAUGCGACAUCUACGGGCGAAAAGAGUGCUCGAGAGGCGCCGCUUUAGCUCUGUUGGCGGGGCUUAGCAUGUUUCCUCCCGGGUGGCUACUCUUGUCAAUGGGCUACUUUGACAACACAGUUGGCGUCGUUCCUGGCUGGGCGAAACUUAUUGCGCUACUGCUUGGUCUUAUUGUCUUCUUAGCCGCUAUUGUUGUCGCAAUUACUCUCUCUGUAACCUGA